CCGCGCGUUGCUCGGGGCCCGACUGCGGCGCGAGGGCUGCGCGGGAGCUACGCCGGCCCGGACCGAGGAUUUCCUGAAGACUGGUUCUGUGUCCAAGCCCCUUCCAGCUGUGAACUGUGAACUUUUGGGUUCCCUUCCUCCUCUGAGGCUAUGGUCUUGAUCGCAUGAGUGGGUGGCCCCUACUGGGUGGAUGAGGCCAGGAGCAGAACAUCAGGGCUGCGCUCGGGAGAGCCCACCUCAUUUCCACCCUGCCCGUGGACACCACCCCAUGAAGGGGCCUCCCAUACCCUGCAACCCCUCCCUCCUCUGGCCUGGGAGCCCAGCUGACCUCCAUCAAGGAAACUAUGCCCCAGACGUCCAUUGUCUUCUCCAGCAUACUCGGGCCCAGCUGUAGUGGACAGGGGCAGCCCGGCAUGGGGGAGCGAGGAAGCGGGGCCGGCAGCUCAGGGGACCUCGUCUUCCAAGAGGGACGCCUCAUCUCUGGGUCCCUGGAGGCCUUGAUGGAGCACCUGGUCCCCACAGUGGACUAUUACCCGGAUAGGACAUACAUCUUUACAUUUCUCUUGAGCUCCCGGGUCUUCAUCCCCCCUCAUGACCUGCUGGCCCGUGUGGGGCAGAUCUGCCUGGAGCGGAGGCAGCAGCUGGAGACGGGGUCUGAGAAGGCCAAGCUGAAGUCCUUCUCAGCCAAGAUUGUACAGCUGUUAAAGGAAUGGACGGAGGCCUUCCCCUACGACUUCCAGGAUGAGAAGGCCAUGGCUGAACUGAAGGUCAUCACCCACCGGGUCACACAGUGUGAUGAGGAGAACGGCACAGUGAAGAAGGCCAUUGCCCAAAUGACACAGAGCCUGCUGCUGUCCCUAGCUGCCCGAAACCAGCUUCAGGAGCUGCGGGAGAAGCUCCGCUCACCAGCCAUGGACAAAGGGUCUGUCCUCAAGGCUAAGCCACCAGCCACUCAGAAGGACAUCCUGGGCAUGUGCUGCGACCCCCUGGUGCUGGCUCAGCAGCUGACUCAUAUUGAGCUGGAGAGGGUCAGCAGCAUUCACCCUGAGGACCUGAUGCAGAUUGUCAGCCACAUGGACUCUCGGGACAAGCACAGGUGCCGAGGGGACCUGACCAAGACCUAUAGCCUGGAGGCCUAUGACAACUGGUUCAACUGCCUUAGCAUGUUAGUGGCCACCGAGGUGUGCCGGGUGGUGAAGAAGAAGCACCGGACCCGCAUGCUAGAGUUCUUUAUUGAUGUGGCCCGGGAGUGCUUCAACAUCGGGAAUUUCAACUCCAUGAUGGCCAUCAUCUCUGGCAUGAACCUCAGUCCUGUGGCGAGGCUGAAGAAAACGUGGUCCAAAGUCAAGACGGCCAAGUUUGAUGUCUUGGAGCAUCACAUGGACCCAUCCAGCAACUUCUGCAACUACCGCACCGCCCUGCAGGGGGCCACACAAAGGUCCCAGAUGGCCAACAGCAGCCGAGAGAAGAUUGUUAUCCCUGUAUUCAACCUUUUCGUUAAGGACAUUUACUUUUUGCACAAAAUCCAUACCAACCACCUGCCCAGUGGGCAUGUUAACUUCAAGAAAUUUUGGGAGAUCUCCAGACAGAUCCAUGAGUUCAUGACAUGGACUCAGGUAGAGUGUCCCUUUGAGAAGGACAAGAAGAUUCAGAAUUACCUGCUCACGGCACCCAUCUACAGCGAGGAAGCUCUCUUCAUCGCCUCCUUUGAAAGUGAAGGUCCUGAAAACCACAUGGAAAAAGAUAGCUGGAAGACUCUCAGGACCACUCUCCUUAACAGAGCCUGAAGGCACGGAUGCAGCCUGCCGACGCUGGAUGAAGCACACACAUGCACUGAGUUUUAAUCUUGAUUGAUAAGGGUUGAGAUGAGGAGGCCUCACUGGUUGGGGUCCAUUUUGUAUAUAACUUUUAUGGAAAAAAAAAAUUAUUUCAUGCAUCAACCUUUGGCACUUACAAAGUUUUUUUUUUUUUUUGUCGUUUAUUUUAAAUAACAGGGCAGGGCCCUGCUUCGGGGAGGGGUGGGGAAAGAGUAUCAUGGGAGAUGGCAUCCAUGAUAACAUCUUAUUCUAAUGAAAUGUAGAUUUUUAUUUUCUACUUUUGAUUAUUAACAUCUUAUGAAAAAAUAUUAAAAAAAAAAAAACCCAACCAAAACCAAUGUGAGCCCUGCCUGCUUGGACGCCCUUCUAGCCAGUGUCUCUGAUGUCGGGGUUAGUGCCUUAGAGAGUACUGGAGGGCCGGUCUCCCACUCCGUUCUUUUAGCCCUCAGGCAGCCAGUGCCGCCGGGGAAAUGCCAGGAAAGCUCUGCCCUGGGCCACAAGGCACCUGCCCUCAAAGCCUAGGCCAGAGGGGUUCCAGCAAGAAGGGCUUGGCUGGCCAGGGGGCCUCAUUUGCAUACUUCUAGAAGCAAACCUUGAGUACAGGCUUUCCAACGUUUACAUUUUCAUUUUCCUUUAUCAGGGAUUUAGGGGAUUGGGGAGGGGCAGGGGGAUACCUGGCAGCAUAUUUUCUGUUGGAAUACGUCUGGCAAAUUGUUCAACUACAUUUUAGGAAAAGAGAAAAUCUAAAAUAAUAUAGGGGGAAGGUGAUGGAAUUGUCUGUUUUCCAGGCUGUAACAGGUACACUGAGCUGUAAUGACGAGCAUAUGAGGAUGGGGACAUUUAAAGCAGUUCUUCAAACUCCACUACAAAGUGAAAAGAAGCAACUCACAAAUUGGUAUUCUAGUGGACUGCCGCCUCCGUUCCUCUAGGUUGGGGGGCUCCCCUAAGGGAAUCUGAAACAGAAAAUUAGACCGACUGCUGGAGCCCACUCACAUAAAACUGCCCAGCAUUUGGAAGUAUUUUUCACAUCCAAACUUGAGUACACUCCCAUUUUCUGUCUUUCUGGCUGUGGGAUGGCAAGUCCUGGUUCCUCAAAAGCCAGAGGCGGGCCAUCGCUCUGAUUCUCUCUCCCUCACAGUGGGGCUUUCAUUCUGCACAAGCAGAUUUGGAGCUACGCACCCUUGUUGCUCUCCGCACACCUGGCUUCCUCCCACAGGAGCCUGCAGUUAGUUGCUAAUUCCCAAAGCUCCUGGGAGAGCCUGGAGAUGUGGAGGUGAGGCCUCAGGAAGGGGCGCCCUCAGCCCUGGGUGGAGCAAGAAUAUUUACACUGUAUUGUCACAGUGUUUUCGCACUUUUCAGACAUUCUAGAUAGUACAUAUUGUAUCUUGACAGGACAUAUUGCUUUAUGUAUUUGAGACAAAGAAAGGCUAAAAACUUGAGAAUAUAUAUUUGGAAUACAAUGUUAGAACACUUUCCGUCUUGCGUUAAGGAGCUUUCAUGUCAGUGUGCGUUCCACUGGGUCAUCAGUUCUAGUACCUAUGGGAUACAGUGUCUAUGUUUGCUACUUUAUUUUCCCAAUUUGAUACACACCCUAUGAUGUUUUGGUAUUUUGAGAUGAGCUCUGAGUACAAAGCUGUACCAUAAUGCAGGAUGUCAGUUGUUGGUGUUACUGGACCUACUUGCAUCAAUAAAAGAACAUGUUGCUCCC